AUGCUCGCCAGAACCGCCGCCGCCCGCCUCCCAAUGACGCUUGGCCGUCGCGGCUUCCACUCCACCCGCGCGCAACUCGGCUCGCCAUACCACUAUCCAGAGGGCCCACGAAGCAACAUUCCUUUCAACCCACUGACAAAGUGGUUUGCCGUGCGAUACUGGACUUUCAUGGGUGCGUAAAGAGACAGAAGGGAGAAAUGGAGAGGAUGGAGCGCUAAUCCAAGGAUAGCUGUUGGUUUCUUUGCGCCAGUGGGCAUUGCAGGUAAGAUAAGACAUAGCAUAGGACCCGAGAUAAGAGUGCGUAUGCUGACACGACGGAUAGUCUGGCAAACGAAGAAGAACCAAUAG